GCGACACGCCAUAGCCUAGCGAGGGAGAGAGGAGCGUUUGUUUUUCUAUAGUGUUCUUGUCCAUAGUCCAUAGCUAGUUUCUUAGGGCAUUGCGCAAUGCGGAGGCGGCGAGACGCUGCCGGCGCCCCGGCUGGAUUGCAAUGCGGGUGAUUCCAUCCAGUCGCGGCAAUGUAUCGAUUCUCUGCGGGCGAUGCCAGGGAUUUGGAGCUGCUGCUGUGAAAUCCUCGAAAUCCUCCAGGCUUGAUGCAUCAAGGUCGAAAGGAUUUGAGCUACUACUUCAAGGCGGAGAGCGCCGAGGAGGCCGCCGCUGCAAUGCCUGGUCCCAGAUCUCCAAAUUUCUCCGCGGCUGCCAAGCCCGAUGUGGCUCUACAGAUGGUGGAGACUCCCAAAUCCAAGCAAGCCGAGGUGGAGGUCGCCGAGGACGCGAAGAAAGGAAGAACCCACGAGGUUUGCUCGGUUCCCUUCUACAAGCUCUUCUACUUUGCGGAUCCACUCGACUACUUGCUCAUGUUCUUGGGGACCUUGGGCGCAAUGGCCAAUGGGUUUGCGAUGCCCGCCUUGACAAUCGUGUUUGGGCAGCUCGCGAACGCGUUUGGACAGAAUUCCGGUAACAUCCACGCCAUGGUUCAUGAAGUUUCACAGGUGGCUUUGCGCUUUGUCUAUCUCGGCGGCGCUGCUUCGGUGGCAUCUUUUGGUGAAGUAGCGUUUUGGAUUUGCACAGGAGAGCGUCAGGCUGCGAGGAUAAGAGGACUGUAUCUCAAGUCCAUCUUAAGGCAGGAUGUGGCUUUUUUUGACAAAGAAACCACAACUGGAGAAGUUGUUGGUAGGAUGUCUGGAGACACUAUUCUGAUCCAGGAAGCGAUUGGAGAGAAGGUCGGGAAGUUUAUUCAGCUGACGGCUACAUUUUUGGGUGGCUUUGCCGUGGCAUUUACGAGAGGAUGGAAGCUGACUCUGGUCAUGCUCUCGGCGUUGCCCCUGAUCGUUGCAGCUGGAGGAAUGAUGGCCGUUGUGGUUUCUCGGAUGUCUAGCAGAGGGCAAGUGGCAUAUGCAGAAGCUGGAGGCAUCGUCGAUAGAGUUAUCGGUGCAAUUCGAACUGUAGCAUCGUUUACUGGAGAGAAGAGAGCUGUCGAAGACUACGAUAAAGCGUUAAAGAGAGCGUACAGUGCUGGGGUGCAACAGGGUAUCGCAGCUGGCCUGAGCCUGGGGUUUCUUCUGCUGAUAGUCUUUUCGAGCUACGCGCUGGCUCUUUGGUACGGCUCAAAACUGGUUCUACAUGAAGGCUUUUCUGGUGGAAGAGUGAUGAACGUGAUUUUUGCGGUUCUUACCGGUGGCAUGGCAUUGGGUCAAACUUCUCCGUGUCUGAAUGCGUUUGCUUCUGGCCAAGCAGCGGCAUAUAAGAUGUUCGAAGUUAUCCACCGUACUCCGGAGAUCGAUGCUUUCCAAUCCUCGGGCAAAGUUCCGGAAAAUGUCAAGGGGGAUAUCGAAUUCCGUCAGGUUGAUUUUUCGUAUCCAUCUCGGCCAGACGUUCAGAUAUUCUCGAAGUUCUCCUUGGGUAUUCCGUCGGGCAUGACAACGGCCCUCGUAGGAGAAAGUGGAAGUGGCAAGUCUACAGUUAUAAGCUUGAUUGAAAGGUUUUACGACCCACAGGCGGGUGAAAUACUGCUGGAUGGAACGAAUCUAAACGAGAUACAGCUGAAGUGGCUAAGGCAUCAGAUUGGUCUCGUCAGUCAAGAGCCAGUUCUUUUCGGCACGUCGAUCAAAGAGAACAUUGGUUAUGGAAAAGAAGGAGCAACACUAGAUGAGAUCCAGAAUGCCGCGUACCUUGCGAAUGCAGCCAGGUUUAUUAACAAGUUGCCACAGGCUUAUGACACUCAGGUCGGGGAGCACGGAGCACAACUAUCAGGUGGACAGAAGCAGAGAGUUGCAAUUGCGAGGGCAAUUCUUAAAAAUCCUCGGAUUUUACUGCUGGAUGAAGCCACGAGCGCCUUGGAUGCCGAGUCUGAGCGUCUCGUGCAAGAAGCUUUGGAUCGUGUAAUGACGGACAGGACGACUGUAGUUAUAGCCCAUAGGCUGACCACGAUAAGGAAUGCUCAUUGCAUUGCUGUCGUGCAACACGGAGCAAUCGUUGAGACGGGUACGCACUUUGACCUUGUACAACGUCCCAAUGGUGCCUACUCCCAACUCGUGCAUCUGCAAGAGAUGCAUCAACCUCCGCCCGUAGAGACCACUGAAAUUGAUCCGGACAGUGUUUUGAUUCAAGAAGAUAAUCGAAGUCUCAGCCGAGCUGCCAGCCGAAACUCUCCAAGCAGGUGGUCUUUCAGCAAAGCUUCUCCAAUCCGGUGGUCAUUUAGCAGGUCUUCGAGUCGAGGGGACGGCCGGCACUCGUUCUCAUUGACAAAGUCAGCAAGUGUUAAACAGGCUGAUGACAGCGAUCAGAAGCAGCCGGUUUGCGAGGAUAUUGAGACUGGACGUACGAAGCCGAAGAAUAUAUCCAUCUUCAGGCUUGCUACUCUGAACAAGCCGGAAGUUCCGAUCGUCUUUGUGGGGUCUCUGGCUGCUGCUGCAAACGGAGUUAUCUUACCCCUGUUCGGGCUUCUUUUGUCAAGCAUCAUCGGCUCCUUUUUCGAAGUCAACGUACACACGCUGCGGAGGGACGUGAACUUCUGGUCGAUGAUGUUCCUCGUCCUUGCGUGCUCCGCUUUCGUUGUCGCUCCGGCUCAGAUACUUUGCUUCUCCGUCGUCGGCAACAGACUAAUCCGUCGCAUCAGAACGCAAAUGUUCGAAAAAAUCCUCCGGCAAGAGAUCUCGUGGUUCGACGCAUCUGAAAACUCCAGGUUCGUAACCUGGAUGCAUUCUCUUCUUUCGGCUCAUCAGUGCUUUUCUUUUCUUUCUUUUCGUUUCAGUGGAGCGCUCGGGGCAAGACUGUCCUCCGACGCAGCACAUGUUCGAAGUAUGGUCGGAGAUACGUUGUCUCUGUUCGUGCAGAACGUAGCCACUGUUGCUGCUGGUCUUGUUCUCGCAUUUACUGCUAGCUGGCAGCUGGCUCUUCUGGUUCUAGCUCUGGUGCCCCUGAUUGGUCUACAGCAUCUUAUGCAAGUCAAGUUUGUGCAAGGCUUCAGCGCAGAUGCCAAGAUAAUGUACGAAGAGGCUAGUCAAGUAGCCAGCGAAGCCGUGAGCAGCAUCAGAACAGUUGCUUCUUACUGCGCAGAAGUGAAAGUCAUGGACUUGUACAAGGAAAAGUGUAGCCUCCCUUUGAUCAACGGUGUGAAGCAGGGGAUUAUCAGUGGAGUUGCUCUAUCCGUUUCCAACUUUGUGCUUUUCGGAUCAUAUGCCAUGAGCUUUUGGUUUGGUUCGCGCCUCGUGGAGAAAGGAGAAACCGACUUCAAGAGAGUGUUUCGGGUGUUCUUCGCCAUCACAAUGAGCUCCGUCGGAAUAUCUCAGUCCGCCGGCAUGGCUCCAGACAUCGCCAAGGUUAAAACCGCCGUCAACUCCGUCUUUUCUCUCCUGGACCGCAAGUCCAAAGUAGAUCCGUUUGACAAGUCAGGAAAGACACUGAAACUAAUCAAAGGUGACAUAGAGUUCCGCACCGUCUGCUUCAAGUAUCCAUCCCGGCCGGACGUGGCCAUUUUCCAGGACCUGUCGCUACUCAUUCCCGCUGGAAAGACUGUAGCACUGGUGGGAGAGAGCGGUAGCGGGAAGUCGACACUGAUAUCCUUAGUGGAGCGCUUCUACGAGCCGGACUCGGGCCAAGUUCUCCUGGAUGGGAUAGACAUAAGGAAGUUCCAGGUGAAGUGGCUGAGGCAGCAAAUGGGCCUGGUGAGCCAGGAGCCGGUCCUCUUCGACGGCACCAUCCGGUGGAACAUCGCCUACGGCAAGGAAGGCGCGGUGAGCGACGAGGAGAUCCAGGCUGCCGCCGAGGCGUCCAACGCUCACAAGUUCAUCUCGGGGCUCCCGGAGGGAUACAAGACGAGAGUCGGGGAGAGAGGCGUCCAGCUCUCGGGUGGCCAGAAGCAGCGAGUAGCGAUCGCCCGCGCGAUCGUCAAGAACCCGAGAAUACUGCUGCUGGACGAGGCGACGAGUGCGCUGGACGCGGAGUCGGAGCACCUGGUCCAGGAGGCACUGGACAGGAUCAAAGUGAAGCGGACGAGCAUUGUCAUCGCGCACCGGCUGGCGACGAUUGUGAACGCGGACGUGAUCGCGGUGGUGAAGAACGGGGCGAUUGUGGAGAGGGGGAAGCAUGCCGAUCUGAUUGGCAUCAAAGGUGGCGCUUAUGCUUCUCUUGCCAAGCUGCAUUUGACGGCCGCGCCCUCCACGUCGUAGAAAUAUAUGAAGCAGCAAAAUUAUUAUAAAAUAAAAAAAAAGUAAUAAUUUUACAAGA